AAUAACCAAAUAAAAAAAAUCCGCCGCUAUGGAAGCAGCAGCUCUGAGAAUCUUCACGCUAUCGUUCCUUCUCAGCCUUCUCUCCGGAAACUCUCUCGCUCCUGCACAAGUUGGGAAGUUUCCGCCGUCGUGUAAACGAAUCGAAUGUCCGAGCUACGAGUUGGUCAACUCAGGUAAUGGCUACGAGAUUCGCCGUUACAAUACUACCGUCUGGAUUUCAACAGAACCCAUUAAAGAUGCCUCUCUCGUCAAAGCUACACGAACCAGUUUUAGCCAAUUGUUCGAUUACAUUCAAGGGAAUAACGACUAUCACCAGAAGAUAGAGAUGACAGCUCCAGUUAUCGUUCAAGUCUCUCCGAGCGACGGUCCUUUAUGUGAAUCCUCCUUCACGGUAUCAUUCUACGUUCCUAAACAAAACCAACCUGAUCCAGCUCCGGCCAAGAACCUACACGUACAGAGAUGGGACACGAGGUAUGUUGCCGUGAAGCAAUUAGGCGGAUACGUAUCGGAUGACACUGUCGGAGAAGAGAAGAUGUAACACCCCAAAACUCAAACCCAAAAUGUUUUUGUGGUUUAAAAGGAAAGGCCCGCUCUGCAGCCCAUUAAAAUUAAAACCCUAGGGUUUCCUUGCUUUCUCCUAUAAAUACAAAGCUUCCACCCCUUAGUCUCCCAUCAGAAACCGGAAGAUCGGAGACCGGAAGCCCUGGCCGUCGAAGAUCUUUCUCUCUCCCUGCGCUGCCUCUCUUUCUUUUCUCCCUCCUCCCCUUUGUUUUCGUAAUUUACGUACUUUCUUUGGCAAUAAUCCUAAGAGAACGACUGCACGAAAUUGUUGUUUGUGACUCGUCUGUUCGAGGAAAGUGUACCUUAGAGUCUCGGUUUGGUAGCUGAGAACAUUCUA